AAGAAACUUAACCAACUUGCCUUUGGAAGUUCUUAUUUUAAUAUUUAAGGAGCUGCCAAGUCUGAAUGAGCAAAUUCCUCUGGCUCAGGUUCAUCCGCAUAUCGGAUUGGCAUUCUUUUUGCACAAUAAGCAAAGGUAUAAAGAUAUCAACAUUUUCUUCUUGGAUGCUGACGAAUUAUCGGUAGUCCUUCCUAUUUGCGGAUCAAGCGUGAUAAAUGUAUACAAACAUUCUUGGAAAUCAGCUGUGAUGUGCGACACUAAACUAAAAUUGUUGGAACAGCAUUGCACCAACCUGGAAUCCAUAGAGCUUAAGGUUACGAAGGAAAAUAUUAACGGCGUAAAAUCGUUGCUGACUAAAGUAAGAAGCCUGAUAUCAAUUAACUUAGAAACAGAACAAGAAGUGGAAAAUCAUGUGGGGAUUGUCGAACUACUGAAGUUGCAACCAGGUUUAAGAAGUCUGAAGUUAAAUAAUUUCUGGGGCGAUGAGUUAUUUAAAGUGCGAAAUUUGGUUGAUUUGGAGGAGCUGAAAAUAAUAAAUAGGUGGGAUGAUAUUCUCAACAUUCAUGAGCUAUGCUAUCCCCUUAAAAAACUUCGAAAGCUAAAGAUGAUAUGCAUGGCCUUUACUGCGUCGGAAGAAUUUGAGGGAGCACCUUGUCCAGCCCUAAGGGAACUCCAUCUUCUUGUCUGGGAUUAUUUGUUUUUGAAAACGCAAUGUCUGAGCACCCCUGCCUGUCUAAAAUGGAUUCAGAGCCAUGGCGAGAUACUGGAGGUUUUGGUUUUAGACUUAAAUUUUGCGUUGUGUAAAAAAGAUGUAGUCAGCCAACAAGAUAUUUGCAAAAUAUUAAGCGAAUGCAGAAAAUUACGCUCUUUUCACAUGGAAUUAUUGGCAAUGGAUUCCGACAUUGCCCAUCGCAUAGUUAAAAUUGUUUCGGAAAACGGGGUGACUUCCGAAGAGCGACCGCUGGAGCUGUAUUUUCAUGAUAACGAAGUUCACGACCAAAUUAAAGCAGCGAUGGCUAAUACUUCAGCAAAAAAUAUAUUCACUUUUAAGGACACUCUUUUAUGUAUACUUAAGAAAUUAAAAAAAUAA